UGAACCUUCAGAUCUGCACAGGAUGCGCUGACGUCUCCCGUUGAGUCUCCAGCUCUCGUCUCUGAAAUGGAGAUCUCUCUGCAGGGCUCCGCUUCAAACCUUUCCCAAACUCUCCUCAACACCAGCAUGCUACUAAAUGGAACUGGGAACUACACCAACGACCAGUUCAACGACGUCAACCUCCUGGACAUCCUGGGUCCGAAACGAUCCCCCUUCUUUCUCCAGGUGACCAGCGUGUACCUCCUCAUCUUCCUCACGGGCCUGUCUGGAAACCUGCUCACGUGUGUGGUGAUAGCGAAGCACAAGAAGAUGCGUAACCCCACCAACCUGUACCUGGUGAGCCUGGCCAUGUCGGACCUGCUGGUGCUGCUGUUCGGGAUGCCCCUGGAGAUUUACGACCUGUGGCAGAACUACCCGUUCCCCUUCGGCGAGGGCGGCUGCUACUUCAAGACCUUCCUGUUCGAGACGGUCUGCUUCGCCUCGGUCCUCAACGUGACGGCGCUGAGCGUGGAGCGCUACAUCGCCGUGGUGCAUCCCCUGAAGACGCGGUACCUGUCGACGAACCAGCACGCCAAGCAGGUCAUCACCAUCGUGUGGGCGGCGUCGAUGACCUGCGCCAUCCCCAACACCUCACUGCACGGCAUCUUCUACCUGCCGGAGAGAAGGGAGGAGUCGGCCAUUUGCACCGUGCUGAAGCCCCUGUGGAUCUACAACAUGGUCAUGCAGAUCACCACCGUGUGCUUCUACUUCGUGCCCAUGAUGGUGAUCAGCGUCCUGUACCUGGUGAUGGGCCUUCACCUGGGCAGGGAGACGCGGCAGCCCUGCGGCACCCUGGGAAAGAACUGCAGCAGCAGCACCCGGAGGCAGAUCAGCGCGGAGAGCGGCCGCAGGAGACAGGUCAUCAAGAUGCUCUCGAUCGUGGUGGCUGUGUUCGGAGUGUGCUGGGCGCCCUUUCACAUCGAGCGGCUCCUGUGGAGCUCCAUCAGCCAGUGGACCGACUUGAUGCACAACAUUUAUCAGUACGUCCACAUCCUGUCGGGCGUCCUCUUCUACCUCAGCUCCGCGGUCAAUCCCAUCAUCUACAGCCUGCUCUCCACGCGCUUCAGGGAGAGUUUCCGAGAGCUCGUGUGCUCCCAGACGGAGGACAACAGCUCGGUCAGAGACUCGCCGCCAUUCCCCAAAGUCCUCCUGGGUCCCUCCGUCUCAGGCUCCAGAGCUCAGGCGAAGGGCAGCGACUCGAAUGGGUUUAUCCCCCUGCUGUCGCCCAACAUGACGCUGAGCAUGGACACCGCCAUCCUCACGUGUGCGUGCAAAGAGCUGACCUGCCAGACCUCUGUGUUCUAA